AGACUGCGAGAAGAUCUGAAUCAAGUGAUGCUAGGGUUGUCCAGAAAGAAGUCGGUGCUGGAUUUUGUUCAGGGCCUUCUGUGGAAGAACCACCUUUUAAUUUCCUUGAGAAGUUUAAGGAAGAGUUUUGCUCAAAACAGGAAGAAAUGGACUCCUCUUCAUUAUGUAAUGCUGCUUGCACCCGAGACGGUUCUCAGUUUAUUCAAAACAACAUUGAUUUGGCUUCACCUUCAGAUGUUAGUUCCGUUUUGCGUUUCACAAUUGGUCAUAUUCUCAGGUUGUCCUGUAACAGUUUUGGAAAUUUUGUGAUACAGAAGAUUUUUGAAUAUGCUCUUCCUCAUGAAAAAUCUGAGAUGGCUUGGACCCUUCUAAAAGAUGUUAAGACUCUCUGCAGUAGCAAGUUUGGGACCAGAGUUAUGCAAGCGAUACUACCCCACUUGGAAGGCUAUCAGAUAAGUCUGAUACUAGACCAGGUGAUUCAGGAUAUUGUCCACUUCUCCACUAAUGAGUAUACAAACCAUACUAUGCUAAGAUUGAUAGAAAAGAUGGUCUCCCUUUGCCCUCUUGAAGAACCUAAGUUUGUGCACAGCGUACAGAAGCAUCUAAGGGAUUUCAUUGAGGAUCCCGAUGCCAUGAGAAUCAUACUGAAGAUGGUUUACUGCUGCUCAGAUGAACUGAAGAGUGGAUUAAAGGACUCUCUGUUGUGCAGAAUAGAAAGAGAUCCAAGCAUUGUUUCUAGCGCAACGGCAUACAUCCUUGUAGUAGAACUGUAUGAGAAUGGAACAGAGAGGGACAAACAGCGGAUUUUUGAGAUGUGUAGAGAGCGUAUCGGAAAGCUGGCGAGCUUGAAAUGGGGAUCUCAUAUAGUCCACAGCAUUCUUCAAACUGGUUCCAAACAGGAGGUUGCAGUAAUACUCCAGAACCUGAAUAAUAAAGUUAGAUUGAGAUCCUUGCUCUCCACCAAAUACGGAGGAGUUACAGUACAGAAAAUGUUGAUGCUGUUGGAUGUCCCCGACUUGGUCCAAGUAUUCACCAUUCUACAGAAUAUGAAAGUGAGCAACAGUAUUCCACUUGAAGCAGCUGAAUCUCUUGUCCUCAGUAUUAUCAAAACUACCAAAGAGCCGAGUAUAGUAGAUAUAUCUUCUGGUUUUCUGAUUGGAGGGCGGGAGUUCCCGUUGAGCGCUGAGGCCGGACUAGGAUUCUUCAGAGUAAAGCGUUGGAUGCUCUCUAUAUUCAAGGGUGAGAAGGUUGAACUGGAAGUGACUGAAAUACCAUUGUUUAUUCUUUGUCUUACAGAGAUUGCAGUUUAUAAAGACAAUCCUGGUUUGGGAUUACUACGUCAGCACCUGAUCUCCUUUAUUGAGGGUAUCAUCAACCAGCACAAUCUCAAGGAGAGUCGCUCAAAGAAAUAAAGUUACUUGAGUACUAAGCAGCUCUGAAUCUACAACAAGUUGUGUAUAGCCGGCUUUAAAUAAUUGUACUGACAGCACUGUAUGUUAUAAUCAUGUUUAUAUGUGAUCACUUAUGAUUAAGUUUUCUAUUCCUUGUUAAAGAUUUUAUUUUUUUCAUUACAUUUAAUUUUUUUUUCAUUUUAAUUGUCUUUCUAAUUUGUUCUUUUUCGUGUGAUUUUCAAUAUGUCAAUUGUUCAUUAAUUUUUUCCUUCAGAAAA